CCCGUGCUGCUCCGCCAGGCAGUGGUCUCCCUGGGGACGCCGGUGCGCGCUGAGCUGCUGGGCGCCACCUGGGCCCACAACGCCUCAGUACCACGCAGCCUCCGCCUGGUGCUGGCGCUGCGCCCCCGGGACACGGGCACCUGCGGGCGCUUGGCUGAGGCCUCACUGUUGUUGGUGACCCUUGACCCGCGCCUGUGCCACCCCUUCGCCCGGCCGCGGCGCGAGGCCGAGCCCUCGGUGGGUGGCGGCCACGGGGGCUCCUGUCGCGCCCGGCGGCUCUACGUCAGCUUCCGCGAGGUGGGCUGGCAUCGCUGGGUCAUUGCGCCGCGCGGUUUCCUGGCCAACUACUGCCAGGGCCAGUGCUCGCUGCCCGCCACGCUGCCCGGGCCCGGGGGGCCGCCCGCGCUCAACCACGCCGUGCUGCGCGCGCUCAUGCACUCGGCAGCCCCGGGUCCUGCCGGCCUGCCCUGCUGUGUUCCCGCGCGCCUGUCACCCAUCUCCGUGCUCUUCUUCGACAACAGCGACAACGUGGUCCUGCGGCACUACGAGGACAUGGUGGUGGACGAGUGCGGCUGCCGCUGACAGACUUCAGGAGCGGGGACACAAUAAACACUGGGUGGUUUGA